AUAAUACAAAUUCCUUCACUCACACCCACCUCACCUCCCCUGUCUUCUCCUUCCUCUCCCAAACUCUUCUUCACUCUCACUUUCUCCUUCUCCUCCUCUUUCAAGCUCCAUCAGAUUCCUCCACUCGGAACCAUAGAGGGCUCCGGCGUUGUCUCCGUCAAGGAACGAAUGAAGCAGCUCAUCCGCCGUCUCUCCCGAGUCGCCGACUCCUCCAACUACAGCUUACUCCGAUCCGACUCCUACGCCCGUCGUCCUCGCCGAGCCGACUCCUUCCGAUCCGCUAUCUUGCGACCUACGCGCCGUUCAGCCGCUCAAAAGAAGCCCGCGGUACCUGAAGGACACGUUCCUGUCUACGUCGGAGACGAGAUGGAGCGGUUCGUUGUUAGCGCGGAGCUUCUCAACCAUCCGGUGUUCGUCGGCUUGCUCAACAAGUCGGCUCAGGAGUACGGCUACGAGCAGAAAGGUGUCCUCCACAUCCCCUGUCACGUGCUGAUGUUCGAGCGAGUCAUGGAAUCUCUCAGUCGUGGCCUUGAGUCACGUGACCUCCAGGAUCUACUCGCUUCCUUCUCCGAUGAGUUUUUCUGAGUUCGUAACCGCCAUUUUUAACUUAGAUCUUGGCUUAAUUUCCAUCGUAUGUUAUACGUAUAUGUGUAUUUGGGGUAAUGUAGACAAGAAAACGAAAACGAUCUCGUUUUUUAAUUCUCUUGUAAAUAUACUCCUGCGAUCUUCUUUUUUCUGAUCAAAGAAGGCAAGGAGAAAACAGAGAAUUUUUCCAGGCU